AUGAAAUACUUGGGAGCUUAUCUCCUCGCGACCCUCGGUGGAACCGCUGCCCCAUCUGCACAAGAUCUCCUCAGAAUCCUCGGUAAGUUUAUUUUUCUUGAUUUCAAACUAAAUAUUUGUGAAAAAUCAGUUUUGCUUAAAAUUGUUGCAGCUUCAAAUUUUUUGUUUUUUAUUGAAAACUCAAAAUAUAGUUUCAUUCAAUUUAUUUGUUUUACUUCUUUAGUUCUAGAAUUUUUCGUGGUAAUUUGGUUUUUCUUGAAUCUAAAAUUUUAUUUCGAGGUGUUUAAUUAAAAUCAUUAUUUUCAUUGUAAAAUUUCAUGUCCAUAAAACAAUUCCGUUCUUUUUCCAGAGGCUGGAGGUCUUGACUGCGACAUGGAAGACGCCGGAAAGGUUGUCACCGCUCUCGCCGGAAAGAACAUCACUGAGGUCAUCGCCGAAGGAAAGGUCAAGCUUUCAUCGGUCCCAUCAGGAGGAUCAGCACCAGCUGCAUCCGCCGCCCCAGCCGCUGGAGCCGCCGCACCAAAGGGUAAGUUAUUCUGAAUUAUUCAUCGCUUCAAAAUGUUAAUUUGAAAAUUUUUAGCCGAGGCCAAGAAGGAGGAGCCAAAGGAGGAAUCCGACGACGACAUGGGAUUCGGUCUCUUCGACUAA